AUGCCAGGCUUGAAAGCCGGCCAAGCGUCGGUGCUCAGGGGUGCAGGCGCAUUGUUCGCGCGUCCGGAAUUCGCAUUCGGCAAAAUCGACAUCGUCGCUGUUAGACCUGGUAAAAAGCGAAUCGAGAUCCUGAUCGCAUCGGGCGCUGCGGAAUUUGGUAGCCUCGCGUGGAAAAUGCGAGAAGCAUCCGUCCUAACGGCAGGCUCCACCUAUAAAGACCACGGUGCCUUCGUCCCUUCUGCAUCUUCACCCCAUCAUCAGACACAGUCCAACACAUCUCCCCUCUGCAUUUGCCCUUCAAAGACCUCGCUUUCGAUCUUCAACCUGCUUGCUCCACUGCACACACUCUUCUCGCAACCGCGCAACCAGACGAACACGAUGGAGUUCUUCUUCCCCGCCGACGUUCUUGCCGCCUACCCCCGUCAGGCUCGCACUCAACGCCCCGCGUUCGAGGCAGGUCCCUCGGCCAACGUCUUCAGCGGAUGCGGCUUUGACAGCCACCCGCUCUUCGCCGACAGCUUUGCCGAUGCAAUACAGCAGGAGCGUGCCGCCUACGCCCGUGCUCAGGCCCAGCGCGCCCAACGCGCCGAGGCCGCCCGCCGGGCUAGGGCUGCUGCCGCCGCUGCGGCUCGCAGGGAGGCCGAGGAGCGUCAGGCUCGCGCCUACCUCGAGCACGUGCUAGCCAUGCAGCAGCGCGAGGCUCAGCGCAGGUACCAGCUCGAACAGCUCCAGCGCCAGCGACACGAGGCCCUUCGCCGCCAGCAGUACGAGGAGUACCAGCGACGCAAGGCCUACGCCAUCGAGAAGGAACGCCAGCGCAUCGCCGCGGCCCGCGCAGCCCAGGACGAGUCCAAGCACCUCUUCCUUGCCCUCGAGGAUCUGCUCUUCGGCGGCCUCACCAGCUUCUGCAACGCCUUCCAGCAGGACAACGACGACGAUGACGAGGAUGUCGAGCUCGCGCACAAGAACGACACCGCCUCCAACGCUGCCCCCGCCACUGCUCCCUCGCAGAUCGUCGAUGCCAAGGGCAAGGCCAAGGCUACCGAGCAGGAGGUGGCCGACGCUGCGCAGGCUAUGGACGUGGACAAGGACGACACUGCCGACGACACGGCUGCUGCCGCUGCUUCGGCUCUGAUGCAGGAGGAUGCCGACCCUGAAGAGGUUGGCCCCGCGCCUACCACCGCCACUCCUGUCACCGCUCCCGAGCCCGCCACCAAGACCGAACAGCUCGUCUUCUCGCACGCCUUCCCCUCAACCGCCAACUUUGACAAGACCAGCGUACGUGCCGACCAGAUCAACGUCUCCGUCGACGAGGCCGCACGCAAGGUCACCGUCUCGGGUCUGUGGAACAACGAGUCGGCGGCGUCUGCCUCGCCUGUGCGAGCUGCCAGCCCUGCUCCCAGCAACUCUUCGUCCCGACGUGGCCGCUCGCGCUCGCCCAAGCGCGCACGCGUCUCGGACGUGGACGAGAACGGCGACGAGAUCGUCACCCCCGAGGCCAACGAUGGCGACGAUGACUUUGUCGAGGUGAGCUUCACGCGCGCCUCGUCGGCUACCGUCACCAGCGAUGCACCUGCCACGGUGGAGAAGACGUUUGAUCUGCCCCAGGGUGCCAAUGUCGACGACCUCCGCGCCGAGCUCACCGAUGAGGGGCUCAAGCUCUUCACCACCGUCAGCGCAUAG